AUGGUGAACGAGGACGUAGAUUUAAGGAGUAAACCCGGCGUGGGUGUGAUGCCGGGGUCUCCGCAGGGUUCGUCUCGGGUUCCGGGAAAUUCGGGGCGGGUCCUGUCAGCUUGGUAUCAGAGCUUAGGUUCAAUUUCUUGUGGACCCCGCACCUUGUGUGCAUCCUUAGGUUGUGGGAGCAUGAUGGGUUCCGUCACGGGACGUCGUCAUUUUGACGCGAAGGACUGUUGGACAUGGAUGGAUUUAGGGUAUUGA